AUGCCGCCGUCUUCCUCACACCGACCGCGCAAGAAGCGAAAAGCGGAGAUAUCUAGCAGCAGCUCCAAUGGCACAGUAUCCUACGAUGCCAACACGAAAAGAGAGAAGCCCGCUUUCCCUCUGGUAGCCUUCUUCUGGCCUGCUCGUGGAACCUCAAUCUCCCAAUGGAUCCUGCUGCCAUGCAUUCUUAUGGUAGUGGGCCUCUUCCGCUGGUGCACUGGCAUAUGGCCUUAUUCUGGCUUCCGCAAACCUCCUAUGCAUGGCGACUUCGAAGCGCAACGACACUGGAUGGAAUUGACGACCAAUUUGCCGUUAACCCACUGGUACUUCCACAAUCUGGAGUGGUGGGGCCUCGACUAUCCCCCCUUGACUGCGUACCACUCCUGGCUGCUCGGCAAGGUCGGAGCGUUGAUUAGGCCCGAAUGGUUCGCGCUCUACCUCUCACGGGGUAUGGAUGACCUGGAUCUCAAGGUCUUCAUGCGGGCUACUGUUAUCAUUUCGGAGUACCUCGUCUACAUCCCUGCCGUGAUAAUCUGCGUCCGGCACUUCGCGAAGCUCUACCACAUCAACUCGUGGGAGUCGUCCAUCGCGUUGACGGCUAUUCUGAUGCAACCGGCGACCAUACUCAUCGACCAUGGCCACUUCCAAUACAACACCGUCAUGCUUGGCUUUGUUGUUGCAACCAUCUCCAGCAUGCUGGCAGGAAGAGCACUCUGGAGCUGCGUCUUCUUCGUCGGUGCAUUGGGCUUCAAGCAAAUGGCGCUGUUCUACGCGCCUGCUGUGGCUGCUUACCUGGCUGGGGUGUGCCUUUUCCCAAGGGUGAAUCCACUUCGCUUUCUCGGAAUCGCGACUGUAACGAUUGCUUCCUUUGGAAUUCUGUACCUCCCGCUGCUGCUAGGCACCACCUACGACACUUACAGGAACGUGCCACUGUCCUCCGAUGUGGUCAAACCGGCUCUGCUCUCUGCUUUCCCAUUUGAAAUCAAGGAAAAAACGUGGUACUACCCAUACUUGCUCCAGCUGGCGCAAUCGACCCACCGCAUCUUCCCAUUCGCGCGUGGGCUCUUCGAAGAUAAAGUGGCGAACGUCUGGUGCGCGGUCCACAGCUCUGGCGUCCACAAGCUACAUCAAUAUUCAUCAACACUUCUAAGCCGGGCCGCGCUGGCCUUGACGUUGGCAUCAAUUGCACCGCCUUGUGUAAUCCUCUUUCUGAGGCCGAAGAGGCGACUCACUCCGCUAGCCUUCGCCGCCACAGCCUGGGGAUUCUUUCUCUGCUCCUACCAAGUCCACGAGAAGAACAUACUGCUUCCACUACUGCCAAUGACCUUGCUUCUCGCCUCGGAUGGUGGUAUGAACCCCGCCAUCAGAGCAUGGGUUGGCUAUGCGAACUUGCUCGGCUGCUGGACCAUGUUCCCACUGCUCGCGCGCGACGAGCUUCGCAUACCUUACGUCGUGUUGACGUUACUGUGGAGCUACCUCGUUGGUCUGCCGCCUUGCAGCUUCAGCUUGUACUUUGGUCAAGUGAGCGGCGACAGUCUGCAUUGGAGCACGAAGCUACUCCAUCUCGUCACAUAUCUGGCCAUGCUCGUGUGGCACGGGGUCGAGCUCUUCAUGAGGCCACCAUCCGACAAACCGGACUUGUGGGUCGUGGCGAAUGUAUGCAUAGGUGCUGCCGGCUUCGGUAUCUGCUACCUAUGGUGCUUGUGGCGUCUGUUGGAGGACAGCGGCCUCCUCGUUGAUCUUGGCCUGGUAAAGAAGUCGAGCACCGAUGCAGAGAAGAAGAAGCAGUAA